UGCAAGGCAGAGGGGGGACCUUUGGGGAAAAGAGGAAGAGGGAAAAGGGGGGUUUCUUGCAGCCCCGGCGCCCCUCUGCAAGCCUUCCAAGCAGCCCCUUCCUUGGCAAAAGGGAGACCGCUUUGCACAGAAUUUACUUUUGCAAAAAGGGACUUUGGGCACAAGGGGAGACUUUUGCAAAAGGGGAUUUUUGCAAAAAGAGACUUUGCAAGGGGACUUUUUAUAUUUUCUCGCACAAGGGACCACCCUCCAGCCGUCGGAGCUGACCAGCAACUGCAUCCCAGAGGAAGAAGAAGAGGAGGAGGAGGAGGAAAGGAAGGCCCUUUUGCUGAGCUCUGGACUUUCCAACUGGAACUGCCCCCCUCCGAAAAGCUCCCCUUUGCUCCCUUUUUCGGGAGGCGGAGUGAGGGUGAGGAGGGGCUGCUCUUCUCCCUGCCCUCCCUGGGACCCUUCCCAACUUUCUCCCCUCCUUUUCCCUCUUUCUUCUCCUUCUUCCUCUGUUUCUGUUUUCUCCGAAGGGGGGGGAGGCCAGGACCCCCAAAGCCUCCCCCUUCCUCCCUCCCCCUCCCUUGCAAGGAAGCCCCCCCUUUUUUUCCUAGGGGUCCCGGUUUGCUGACCUCCUUGCAAAAAGCAGAGCCCUCCAAGAAGUGCUCUCUCUCUCUUUUUUUUCGCCCCUUCGGAAGGACCCUUCUCUUUGGAGAGUCCCGGUCUACUCCUCCAUCUGCAAGCAAAGCCCUUCAAGAAGUCCUACCGAUAGUCUCGGACCUCUUGGUUUUAUUUCCCCUUGGAAGAAAAAGCCCCUUCUGGGGGUCCUGGUCUACUUCGCCGCUUGCAAGCAAAGCCCUCCAAUAGUUUCUAAAAGCUAGAGAUUCAGACUGCUUUUUUCUUCUUUGGAAGGAAAAGCUGCUUGCAAAGGCAGAAGCCCUCGAAUAAUUGCUCCAGAAGAUCAAGACCCUCUUUCUUCCUUCUUGGAAAGGAAACCCUGCUCUGCUUGCAAAGGAAAGUGCUCCCACCUUGGAAAGACAUUUGGGGCUCCAAGCCCUUGAAGAAUUGCUCCCAGUAAAGUAAAUCCUCUUUUUUCCCCUCCUUGGAAAGAAAGCCUUUGUCUGCUACUUGCAAAAGAACAAGUGCUCCCAGUAGAGUAAGUCCUCUUUUGUGUCCCCUUGGAAGGAAACCCUGCCCAGGAGCUGUCAAACAAUUCUUCUAGAAGAUCAAGUCCCUCUUGGAAGGCCCUUCUCCUUUGGGGCUCCCUUUGCAAAGGCUGAGCCAUCGGGGGGAUUGCCGCCUUCUCCCCGUGGGUCCUGGCGUCGGUGUGGGGCUGCCGGGGGGUCCCCCGAUGCGUUCUUGAGGCAAUGGCAUCGGAGCUGGCGCUGAGCGGGGCGGACUUGCCGAGCAGCCCUUUGGCCAUCGAGUACGUCAACGACUUCGACCUGAUGAAGUUCGAGGUGAAGAAGGAGCCCUCUGAGGCUGAACGCUUCUGCCCGCGCCUCCCACCGCCGGGAUCGCUCUCCUCGACGCCACUCAGCACCCCUUGCUCUUCAGUGCCCUCUUCGCCCAGCUUCUGUGCCCCCAGCCCGGGCAAUGGGGCAGGCAAUGGGGCCGGAGGAGGAGGAGGAGGCCCAGGGCUGGGCCAAGCCGUCGGAAGCGGGGCCAACGCAGGCAAGGCCCAGCUGGAGGAGCUCUACUGGAUGGCCGGUUACCCGCCACCACCGCACCUCAACCCGGAAGCCCUCCACUUGAGUCCCGAAGAUGCCGUCGAGGCCCUCAUUGGCAACCCUCACCACCAGCAUCCCCACCAAGGCAAUGGAGGAGGAACCACUGGAGGAGGGUAUGAAGGCUUUCGAGGUGGACAGUCCUUCCCAGGUGAGGAAAUGGCCAACCACCACCACCAUCACGCUGCCCACCAUCAUGGCAGCGGUGGGCCUGGAGGUGGUGGCGGCCUGGGUUCCCACCACCACCACCACCAUGGAGGCCCUGCUCUUGGAGGCCACCACCAUCACCACCAUCACCACCAUCACCACCACCUGCGCCUGGAGGAGCGCUUCUCCGACGACCAGCUGGUCUCCAUGUCGGUGCGGGAACUCAACCGCCAGCUGCGGGGCUUCAGCAAGGAAGAGGUGAUCCGCCUGAAGCAGAAACGCCGCACCCUCAAGAACCGUGGCUACGCCCAGUCCUGCCGCUACAAGCGCGUCCAGCAGCGGCACAUCCUGGAGAGCGAGAAAUGCCAGCUCCAGGGCCAGGUGGAGCAGCUCAAGGCCGAGGUCCAGAGGCUGGCCAAGGAGAGGGACCUCUACAAGGACAAGUAUGAGAAGCUGGCCGGCGCCAACAGUGCCCCAAACAGGCCCUUUCCAGGCCCUAAUCCCUCCAACAACAACAACCCCGCCAGAGAGGCGCCCCCCAACAAGACCCCCGCCUCCGCAGACUUCUUCAUGUGAAGCCAAGCAGCAGAGGACUCUGGGGGCAGGGGGGGGCUUCCUGCACA